UGUUUAAAAAAAUUUAAUGUUAACCUUAUAAAUUUGCAAACAUGAGUUUCUGUCGUUUGUGAUAUUUUUUUAUAUGCCUUUUUUAAACAUUCGUCUGGAGCAAAGAGUAAACACAAAAAACAGUCCACGACGAAAAAAGAACAAAACGCAAAGAGUGGUCAAACAAGAAAGAAAAAGCAAUUUUCUCCACUUUUCCCUGGCGCUGCUUGUAAAAUUACCGAAUAAUAGAACAGCGAAACGUUUCGACAAUCGACGUUCGCAUUUCCCCUCGGUAGUAGACAGAGCCAGCUUACGGGCAAAGUUUUUCUUCGCGUUCACGUAGCAAGUGAAAUCCCGUUUACGUUCCGUCUCGUGUGUCUGUGUUCCUAGCACAGGGUGAGAAUGAAAAUGACCGCUCCUCGACUGGUGGCGAGAGCUGGUCGCAGCAGGUUCCUGAUCGGGCUUGGCAUUCUGGUGCUGAUGGCCGGCUUCGUGGCAAUCUUCCACAGCUCCCAGCAGCAGCUGGAUGAGUUGCGGCAGCUGGGACUCCGUUGCGAACAGCAACAGGAAGCCAUUUCCGCUAAGAUGCAAGUGGUAGUGGAUCAGAAGCUACGCCUGGAGCACACGUUGGCAUCCGAGCGGUUGGUCAACGAACAAAGUCAGGCGGAACAGCAACAGAAGACUCAGGACGAAAAGGAGCAGUGCGAUAAAUCGGUCAAGGAAACCAACAUCCGGUACGCUUCGCUGCAGCAACACUACAACCUGAUGAAGAGCCAACUGGACGAUCUAACCGAGGAAUGCUCCAAGAGCAAGAAGAAGCAGCUGGAAGAGAUCAACUCGAUGCGGCUGAAGGUGACGGAACUGCAGGGCAAAGUGGCGCUGCACCAGAAGGAAUCGGCCGAUGACGUGGAGCUUCUGAAGGCACAAGUGGCCCAGUUGAAACUGGACAAGGAAACGCUGGACAUCAACUAUCGUCAGAAGCUAAUGCUGAAAGAAAAGGCCAUCGAAAAGCUGACCGAUUACGCCAGAAAGAUGGAGAAGGAAAACUCCCAAUACAUAGCUCUGUGUAAAAUCCCCUCGGAAAAAUUACCCCGUCACAUCGAGAUGGGCGAAGUAAUGGAAAGCCUGCCGCACGUCAUGCCAUCGCCCGCCAUCCAAGGUCCAUCGCGUAACUUUGCCCAGCAAAUAUCCGUGAGUGAAGAUUUGUAUAAAAUUCCCGUAGUUUUGCGCAACCGUACCUCUACUAACAACAACAACAACUUCAAUUUGGUUGGGGCUGCUAACGUACCACCGGUUGCGGAUCAGGAAGAGCAGGGUGUCCUGGCUCAACCUUUUGAAACUAACGAUAUUCCCAAGCACAGGCAGCAGCCGAUUAGGAUCGUUCCGGUUGACGGAGGAGUUAUUAAUUCUGUGGAAAAUUUUCAGAUAAUUCCCAAACCUUUGCCCCUGGUAUCAUCCAAUGACGAUGCUAAAAAAGCGGCUAGUCCUCCGGCUAGCAAUGUUUUACAGGAGCCACAACUGAUGAAAACUUCUACAUCGGUUUCCGUUGCGGCUGAUAAGAAAACAUCCGAACGUAGCAACAAUAUGCAGGUACCGAUCGUUGCUGCUCCCACUAUGAUCCCCCCCACAGGGUCCAAAUCCUCCCCAGCAAUGUCCAGCAGCAGCACAACUGCCGCCAACAAUAACGGUCAAGCGAAGAAACCCGGUACCAAACUAAGAACAAAAGUACUCCCGGUAGGAAUUGUGCCAUUCCCUGAAAACAUGGAAGAACUCAUAAGAACCGAAGAAAACAAUAGUGAAAACGCAGUCAACAAUCGGUAUCUUAACGUUGCAGCUUCUCAUCAAGUCGGAACUGGUAACGGUGCGGACAAGCAACGUUCCCGCAGCGACAAAGAUAUCAACUUCAUGAACCCGAACGCAGACCUGGACAACGGCGCCAACGAAGUCAAUGACAACGAUUUCAACCUGGCCGUUGGAGGAGCUGGUGUAGGUCAGUUACAACAGCCUAACAAUCUUAAAGACGCCAAUAAUAACCGGGACAAUGGAGGUCCCGACAACCUGAACGCCGCCGAAGAGGAUACCAAUCUGUACGAUCAGAAACUGUUCCCGCAGCAUCCGGCAGCACACCAACAGCAACACGGUGAUUACAGUGAGUUGCUGCAGCAGCAGCGCGGUGGUGUUGAUGGGAAAGGGCUGGAGGGAAAUGUUGGUGGUGGUGCGGGGAAGGCCGUUAUCGGUGAGAAACUCAUAAAUGAAAUUGUGCGGGACCACGGCAAGGAAGGGGACGCCUACCCGAACGGACUGGAAGAAGAUCUCCAUCUCGAUGGGCAGCAGGAAGCCGAAGAGGAGGGUGAUGUGAGUGAUUACGACGAUCCAGCAGCCCUCAAACAGGGUCACGCCGAGCGAAAUUAGAUGCCGUUUCGCGUUGAAAAUUCAAACAUUCGAAACGAUCCAAUGGUCCAAGUGGUGAUUUAAGUAGGACAGCUGUAAGCGAGUACUCUGCAGGAUACGACUCGAAGGCCAGGGCGGGCAUCAUUACAUCACGUAAGUACCUACCUACAUAUACUAUACCUGUUUGUUUGUAGAGCUACAUCAGUCAAGCCGGCGAUUCGGGGCCCGGUUAUUUUUGCUAAGAAGGAAAACAGAUCGGAUAAUUGGAUCGUUAACUUAGGUGUAGAGUAAAUGUUAGACGAUCAUGCCCCCAUGUUGUCCUAAUUGGGUUGAUAGGUUAAGAAUCCGUUUGAAAGUGGUAAGCUGCAGAUAAUUUUGUAAAAUUUUGUUAUACCUACUACUACGAAUGAAAAUGGGAAACACUCGACUGGUUAUUUUUGGUUCUACAGAAGAAAGGUUAAAUUGAUAAAACCAAGAAAACUUCCGUACUUUUUACUAUAAAGGGAUAGUAAUACGUGACUUAGACUGGAUUACUUUCACACUUAUGAUAGAUUUAAACUGUUAUGUUAAGACUCGCGCAAUACACAUUGUAUUGUGGAUAUGCUAUCGUUUCGCCAACUCGAUUCUUUUGUUUUCUUUUAAGCUUUCGAUUUAUUGUGUUGUUAUCGCUGCAUAAUUUAUUCUCUUUUGAGAAAAUUAUUCGUCCCCGUUUAGAGAUCUCUUUUUAUUACGUUAUGAACUUUAUAGUUACUUUUACUUUGCAACGAACUAGCUCUAAUCUAAGCUCAUUUGAAAUUUCAUAUCGUACCUACGUAAACUAGUUUCAUACUUUAGUUAUGACAAAUAACCGUUGUGCUUGCCAUAAAUGCAAACGAAAUUACUCACAGUAUGUUGCAUUGCCACAACCGACUUACGUUUCGAAUAGAAGAAAUAAAAAGAUCGUCGACUUGUUUAACAUUUACCAACUAGAUUCACAAGAGCUGAAAAAUUCAAGAAUCGUAACCGAUAAUACAUUGUAUAAAACGCAUCUCAACCGAUAUUAUAAAAAAAAACAACCCAGAAGUGAUAUUGCACAAAUUAUAGCACACGAAAAAGGAAUAAAGUCAUAUAUUGGUAUAUGUAUGUGUAUGUUCCCCCUACCUUCGAGCAACAUUACAAAAAAUAAGAAAGAUCUGUUGUGUAGUUUCCAUUUCACAGCUACAUGCAUACGCAUUUACAAGGCCGAGGCCGGAGGUGGGGGAAAGACAAACAAAUUAAAAACACAAGAUCUAAUGUUUCGUUUGAGAACCAAGAUUAGUUUCCGGAAUAAAUAAAUUUCUUUAAUUUUUGAUUAAA